AAAGCUGACUACUCACAGUUCUAUGAAUUCACUAAGGAUGAACUCCCAAGUGACAUGCCUACACCUCUUGGCAAAGCGGUAGAGUUUACUAUGUUUGUUGAUGCAUCUCAUGCUUCUAAUGUUGUUACUCGUCAAUCAAGAACAGGAGUAUUGAUCUUUGUUAACAAAGCCCCUAUUAUAUGGUAUUCGAAAAAGCAAAACAGUGUUAAGACAAGCAGUUUUGGUUCUGAAUUUGCUGCUCUAAAGACAGGUGUUGAAUUGCUUGAGGGACUACGAUUCAAGCUCAGAAUAAUGGGCGUCCCAAUCCAAGGUUAUUGUCAUACUUGUGUUGACAAUAUGUCCGUUGUCAAGAACUCAAGUGUUCCUGAAUUGAAGUAG